AUGGACACCGAUAACACACGAGCAAGAGUUGCAAUGGCCUGCGAGGUCUGUCGCAAGCGUAAGCGGAAGUGCGAUGGAGCAAUGCCCAAGUGUUCAUGGUGUUUGGUGAAAGACACGGACUGCAAUUAUGCCGUGGAUAAGCCAAAGAAGAGGAAGCCUGACCCAGACUACAUUGCAACGCUGGAGGCCCAGGCAGAAGCUCUGAAGGCGGAAGUCCGCCGGCUGGGAGCCCUCGUUACCGAUUCAACGAUACCGAAACAUAUUUGCGAUAUUUUGGAGGAAACGCAUGAUACCGGGAAUGCCGCAACCCAUCUAGACACUGACACCCAACAGAUAUCGGAGGAAAUGGAUUACACCGGGGACUCGCCGGCAAUCCAUGAUAUUAGCAAACUUACCUGGCGGCUGAGGAUCGAUGAGAGCGGCGAGACCACCUUCAUCGGACCCUCGGGCAACUUCUGCUUCCCAGUCUCACAUCCUCCUCGGGAGGAAAUGAAGCGAACGACAGACACCGGCGAUGAUCACAUACAGGAGCCAGCAACAUUGAGGUUGGAUCCCAACACAUCUAGGGUCGCCAGGCACCUUGCUUCUCUCUUCAUUACAUUUGUGAAUCCCGUCCACCAAUUCGUCGACAUGAGCAGGCUUGGGAGCCUCGAAGCCAAUCCAUACUUCAACGCCGUGGAUAUCCUCACUUGCGCGAUUCUGGCAGCCGGCGCACUCUUCUCGGACGACUCGGAAAGCAAAGCCCUCGGUGACAAAAUGGCCCACCACGCGGAGUCUGCGAUUCUCCAGAUUUGUCGCGAGAGGCCAUGUGUAGAGACAGUGCAGGCCUUGUCAAUUCUCUGCUGGCGAGAAUUAGGACUGGAUAACGAGAAUAUGGCCUGGAUGUAUAACUCAAUGGCUGCUAGUUUGGCACUACACCUUGGGCUUACGGUCAGCUCACUAGAAAACCUGGACAAAAACGGCACUCGCGAGACAGCUGGGGUGAGAUCUCCGAGUGCGCAGCCUUCGCGCAUACGAGCGCUCUGGAGUACGCUGCUUCUAGACAGGUUAUGGUUCAUACACGACCAGUACAUGGAUAGAAUUUACGCCUUUGGGUUCAACAAACUUGACGAGCCUCAACGCUUCAAUCUGCUUCUCGAGGCACGCGAGCAGUUGCUGUCAUUCUACCGUCAACUGGACCCCCGCAUUCAACUUCAGAAAGACACUAGUUCCCCCCAGGUCAUCUUCCUGCACAUGUCGUACAACAUGUCUCAGCUCUUGAUUCACCGGCCAUACGUCAAGGAGCCAGUCGACGGCGCAGCCCAUCGGUUGUCACUGAGGACCAUGUCCAUCGCGGCAGCCGCCAUGGUUCGCCUUCUGCGUAGGUACGAGAAGAUGGGCUCCUACGACAAGGUACCGCCCUUUGUUGUCCACAACGUGCUCUCAGCGGCUGUCACACUUUUGUUGAUGGCUACCGCCAAGCAAUCAAGCCUGCGGAGCCGAUCAAUCAGCCGUUUCCGUGUCUGUGUCAGCGCCCUCGAGGCCAUCGGAUGCAGAUGGUCAAAGGCGAGACAGGCCAUCCUCAUUCUGCGUCAGCUGGCCCAGCGCUGGCGCGUAUCCAUCGCGCUGCCCAUGCACCAAAGCUUCCCUCUCGCACCACAACCAGGCCCGGAGCCUCUUGUGAUGACUGCUGAAGAUGAGCCGACAGAUACCACGUACACAUACACAAGCCUUGAAAACGAUACAAGUUCGGCGGCGGAACCGCUAACGGCCGAGCAGUGGGAUGCUAUGGAGGCCGCAUCGGCUUGGCAGACGAUUGAUCAUGUGGAUUUCAUUGACUAUGGUCAAAUGGGCCUCUGGACUUUACAAUAUGCCAGAAGCUAA